CCUUCAAAUGCUAUUUACAAACAAUUUUUAUUCCGUGGUGUCUUGACACUCCUAUCAUAUUAAAUUAAAUUAAUUAAUUACUGGAUUAUUCAAUUGAUUUUAUGAGAAUUCAUUGAAAUAAUGUAAGAGUUAUAAUUUUGUUUCACAGCGAGCGAGAGUUAAACAGCGAGCAAGUCGAGGCUAGAUAACAGUGUUUAUUUUACCCAAAAAAACACGCUAUUAUUUCUUUGUUCCGUAGCUGAGGUGUAGUCAGUAUGAAGUUACUGUUAUUUGUUUUGUUUAUAAAAGUUAUAAGCGCGGAUAUACCUCGCGUCGACCCAGGGUAUGACUGCGCUUACUGCCAACCGGAACAGGUGCAUUUAUCCUUCGGAACCCAAAGUAAUGACAUGGUAGUGACAUGGACCACAUACAACGACACGCAAGAGUCGCGCGUUCAGUACGGGGAGUUGGAUAUGGAUGAGGAGGCAGUGGGGGGCAGUACGCUGUUCACGGAUGGAGGCAAGCUGAGGAGGACGAUGUGGAUACAUCGCACACUGCUGCCCGACUUGAAGUUCAACACUAAAUAUGUAUACCACGUCGGGUCGACGUAUGGAUGGUCAGAAAAGUUUUCGUUCAAGACUCCUCCGAAUGGCGAGAACUGGAUAGUACGCGCCGCCAUAUACGGAGAUAUGGGCAACAAAAAUGCGCACUCGCUGUCGUACCUGCAAGACGAAGCGCAGCGCGGCCACUUCGACGUGGUCCUGCACGUGGGCGACUUCGCGUACGACAUGGACACCGACGACGCGCGCGUGGGCGACGAGUUCAUGCGCCAGAUACAGCCGCUGGCCGCCGGCCUGCCCUACAUGACCUGCCCGGGCAACCACGAGUCCAAGUACAACUUCAGCAACUACCGCAACCGGUUCUCCAUGCCGGGCUCGCACGGCAGCCUGUUCUACUCGUUCGACCUGGGCCCCGUGCACUUCGUGUCGCUGUCCACCGAGGUGUACUACUUCCUCCAGUACGGGCUCAAGAUGCUCGUCAACCAGUACGAGUGGCUGCGCCGGGACCUGGCCGCGGCCAACACCCCCGAGAACAGGAAGAAGCGGCCCUGGAUCGUGUUGUACGGGCACCGGCCCAUGUACUGCAGCAACUCGGACGAUAUCGACUGCAGUGUCGAGUACACGAGGAAGGGCUUACCUUUCCUGGGGAUGUAUAGCCUGGAGCCCCUGCUGCGAGAGUUCGGCGUAGACCUGGUGGUUUGGGCGCACGAGCACAGCUACGAGCGGACGUGGCCGCUGUACGACGGCCGCGUGUACAACGGGACUGAGGAGCCCUACCGCAACCCGGGGGCUCCGGUCCACAUCGUGACCGGCUCUGCCGGCUGUCAAGAGGACACCAACAAAUUCAUACUAGUUGUUCCCCAGCGCACCCGCCGGCGUGGUCCGCCUUCCGCUCCAGCGACUACGGCUACACGCGUCUGGCGGCGCACAACCGCACGCACCUGUACCUCGAGCAGGUGGACGUGGAUCUGAAGGGACAAGUGAUAGACUCGCUGUGGAUCGUGAAAGACAAGCAUGCACCUUACGAAAUCUAAUUCAACUGUACGGAGUGCUCAUAGCACUGAACCCCCCUUUUUAAUAAGGAUGGGGGACUGGGUAGCAGUAAACUAACAAUCUUUUAAAUGGUGUCAAUUUUGGUUGUCCAUAAAUUUAUAUUAAGCUCUCUUUUUGUUGUUCUUUAGCCUACUUUUUUGUGAUCAGCACAUCUCUUUUUGACUCGUUGUAUUGGUUUUGGCUUAUUUUGUACACUCGACCUCCAGCCAAUCAGGCUUGGGAAAAAGCGAGGCAGUCCUUGGGAAACGUCAACCCUGCUACACACUACACUAUAUUAAGCCUACGGAUUUAAAAAUUCCUUCCACAUAUACUUUUUCUUUUCAAUCAUAUUGCUCGAAUGUUUUCCUCAUGCACUGCGCCACUCGCAUUAGAUGUACGGUAUUAAUGCAUCUAAAUAAAAUAACUAACCUUAUUAUGACUUAUUUCAUUGCUUUUUUUUAGAGUUUACAAUAAAUGUGUACAACCGAACUGUAACCAAUGUGAUACCAUUUUGUUUACUUUAAAUUAAAUUAGUUUUUGCACACGACGACUAUUUUGCAUUAACAGAUUUGUAAACUUCACUUGCGGCAUGCUUUUAUCAAUAAUAUCACAAGAUUUGCUGCCAGUCGUUUGCACUUAAUAAUUUGGAGCCUAUUUCCGUUUGGUCCUUACUGAAAGAGCCAAUGUGCUCGUGCUUAAAGUUCGACAAAGCAAUGUAACGAUAAGUAUAAUCAAAAAAUUGCGUUUAAGCUCGCGUACAAAUGUCGUUAAGAAUAAUGGGUACAUUGGAAUACGUGGUGUUGAUGUAAUAACGUCUUAUAACUCGAUGAACGGCGGCUGCACGCACGAUAAAGCAUGACUCAUUGUCACGUUCCGCCUGAGCCGGGCGUGCAAGCGAGAGCGCGGGGCAAACGAUAGAGAGGCACGAUCGACCUAAGCGUUCUGCUUGUCACGCGUCUAUUUAUCUUCUUCUCGGACCAAUUUGUUUGCGUCUAAUGCACUGCAAGAAAGCGUAAAAUUGUCUUAGUGUGCAAAAAAAUAUUUUUACUAACCAUAAGUUUAUCUUGUUAGUUUUAAUUAUUAAAGUGUGCUUAAUGCUUUAGAUAAAUGUGUCUAAGCAAAGUUUUCUUUUGUUGAUUCGAUGUAACACCAAAGAUCUUUUAAUACAGCGAAAUCUUAUUUUAUUCGUCAUAUUGUUUUUUUAAUAAAUUUGAUUUUAAAUA